UGUAGAGGAAGGAUUGACUUCGUGAUGAAAGGAUACGGUACACCAAAUGAGAAGUGGGAAAGGAAGGUCAGUCCGGACAGUCAGAUGCCAAAGAGGGCCUGUCACCGACUCGCCGUUCGUGUUACGGAAAGAAAGAUGGUUCCACAUCGGGAUAUGCGGUGAACUGGAGGACAACAUAUAAAGCCACGAGCCCUCGACAAAUUCUUGAGUUGAAAAGAUCAUUAUCCCAUCUACUAUCGGCACCACUGCAUCAAAGUCAUCCUCGAUCUUUCCCUUCAAGUCGUAUCCAGCACCAAACCACUUCAAAGAAGCACAAUGAAGUUCUCAACCCUCCCAUCCGUUGCCUUCCUCGCCUUCUCAACCGGCGCCCUCGCAGCUCCCCAACCCAUCCUCACCAACAGACAAAACUCCCAACCCCCCCUCUCCAACCCCAACCAAAACGCCUCUCUCCAGCCCUUUCUCUCCUCCGCCUCCUGCUCCGGUCCGCCCUCGCAGGUCCUGAUUCCCGUCUCCUACGCCACCUUAUCCCCGGACACCACGCUCUCUCAGGGAUGCUACGAGUUCGUCGACAACGGCGUGUCGACCCCCGUCCAGUCGGUUAGGAUCACGGGCGUCUGGCCGGAGGCGAAUAAGUGCUUGUUGAGGUACUAUGAGGGGACGGGGUGCGCUGCUGGUGGAAGUGCGUUUGGGACGGUGGCGCCGAAUACGUGUGGUGGGUUUGGGGGGAGGGGGAUUGGCAGUUAUCAGGUUGUGUGUGAGAGGACUUAG